CCAAACAACAGCCCCCAACCCAUUAAUCUUGUGUUAGAAACAGAAAUCAAAUCAAAUAAAUAAUUGGUUCAAGGAGGCAAGCAAAGGAAUGCAAAUUCCAAACCUGAAAUCAAUUCAAACAAACCAUCUUUAACAACAGAAAAUCCGAAAGGAAGAAAUGGUUGUUUUUUUUGUUGGUGAGAGAGAGGGAUAAAUAAAUAGAGAGAAAGCGUGGAUUUUGGUUCGUCCACUCGCACACACUCACUCCACUCUCCGCAGCGUCUUUCCCCACACCCAAAGUUCAAAGUUGGAAUCUUUCGAGCGAAUUUAGACGUGGGUAUGACUCCGUAGGUGUUGUUGUUGAACAAAUAGUUUUGGGUGAUGACGAUGAUGAUGGAGUUGGGUGGACCCAGAGUGAUCGGGGAUUACAUAGUGGGUCCUCGAAUCGGGUCGGGUUCGUUCGCGGUGGUGUGGCGUGCAAGGAAUCGAAGUUCGGGUUUGGAGUAUGCGGUUAAGGAGAUUGAUAAGAGACACUUGAGUCCCAAAGUGAGGGAAAAUCUUCUCAAAGAGAUUUCUAUCCUUAGCACCAUCCAUCACCCCAACAUCAUUCGACUCUUCGAGGCAAUUCAGACCAAUGACAGGAUUUACCUUGUUUUGGAGUAUUGUGCUGGUGGGGACCUUGCUGCUUACAUUCAUCGCCAUGGCAAAGUUUCUGAACCGGUUGCACACCAUUUCAUGAGGCAAUUGGCUGCUGGGUUGCAGGUGCUUCAAGAAAAGAACCUCAUCCAUAGAGAUUUAAAACCACAGAAUUUACUGUUGGCAACUACUGCAGCUACACCAGUUAUGAAAAUAGGGGAUUUUGGUUUUGCAAGGUCUCUUACACCCCAGGGAUUGGCUGAUACGCUAUGUGGUUCACCCUAUUACAUGGCUCCAGAGAUAAUUGAAAAUCAGAAGUAUGAUGCCAAGGCUGAUUUAUGGAGUGUUGGGGCAAUAUUGUAUCAACUAGUGAUUGGGAGGCCACCAUUUGAUGGAAAUAGUCAAUUGCAGCUUUUUCAAAAUAUUUUGGCAUCUACUGAACUGCACUUUCCACCAGAUGCAAUAAAAGUGCUACACUCUGAUUGCUUGGAUCUUUGCAGAAAUCUUUUACGUCGAAACCCAGAUGAGAGAUUAACAUUCAAGGCAUUCUUCAAUCACAAUUUCCUACGGGAACCCAGGCCAACCAUGAAUAUUGAGCAGUUUCAAUUACACCAAUCAGAAAGAUUAACAAAUCAUCAAUUAGGUGGCUCUACCUCCGAGAAGAUUUCUGAAUCACAUUCUAAGUAUAAUCCAAUGGUAGUCAGUUCAGCUGCUGAUGAAACCAUGCUGUUGCAAAGAAAGGAUGGCAAGAUUACAGCUGGUACUACGAAUGCUAAAGGUAAAGGGUCAACUCCAACUAUUGCAAGUGAUAAGCUGGGGAAGGUUGUUGAUGCUGGUGCUCAUUUGUCAAACCAACCGCGAGUUUCCCAUUUAAUGGAGUCCAUCGAGAAAGAUUAUGUCUUUGUCAAUUCCCAUUUCACAUCAUUGGAGGCUUUCUCUGACUACUUUGAAGCAUCUGUGCAAGAUAGUUCCUCGCACAGGAUUUCUCUGUUUCCUUCAAAGAGGACUAAUAUGGAGGUUAGAGAUGCAAAACAAACAAAGGAUCUGCCCUCUUCCUCCACUGAAGGAUUAGAAAAUUUAAAAAGCAAUAAACUUGAGGCAUGUGCAGCUUCCUGUGAAUUUGCUGCCUUAAGGAAAGAACAUCAAAUUUCCCCACUGCACCCUUCAAACAGGUUACAGUUGUUGCAUCAGUAUGUGCAGAUCAUUGCUGAACUUUCACAAGAAAAGUAUAACACAGGACUGUAUCUAGAGUCUCUUGCAGUUGAGUUGGUGGUUUUGGCUAUAUGGAAACAGACUCUAGAAAUUUGUAGCUCUUGGAUGGCCUCAAUUACAAAGAGUGAGUUGCCUGGAAGCAGUUCAGCUAAUGAAUCCAUAUCUGCCAGAGAUAUUAACUUGCCACAGUCUACAGAACAGAAAAUAAAUUUUAGUGAUCCUUCAUCUAUCUCCCUGUGGGCCAAACACGAGUUUAUUGAUGCAGUUGAUCGUGCUGAGAAACUAUCAUGUCAUGUUCAAAAUAUGGAUAAGGCAACUGAGAUGCCAGAUGCAAUGGAAAUUAUAUUCCAAAAAGCUCUCUUAAUUGGGACAAGUGGUGCUGUAGAUGAAUAUAUGGAGAUCAGAGAUAGGGCUGCUGCAUCUUACUCCAAAGCGAUGCUUCUACUUUCAUUUAUUGUGGCAGAAGCAGAGAACCUUCCACUGAACCCACCAUUUUCACUUGUUGCCACUAAUAAGGAGCGAAUCUCACAAUAUAUUCACAGCUUGCAGUCUCGUAAAGAAUCUUCAUCAGAGUCCUCUUCAAAGAAAGUGCUUACACUUUUAUCAAAGUAAAUUACUGGUUUUUAUAGUUUGUCUUUUCAUCACCACUUUUGGAAUCGGUGAAGCAAUUUGUUGCUGACAUCAAUGUUGACUUCCUGUGAUGAGUGCAGACGAGAGACUACCUUUGACAGAUACCAUGUUGUAUAUAGAUAGAUAGAUAUAACCUAUCAUGGCCUUGUAAGGGGACUUUGCCUUUACUGCAUGAUUUCAUGUAUAGAAUGUUAAUUCUUUGACAUGGAAUUUGUAAAUAGUGUAUAGCUCAUAGUCUUUUACAAUUUUGAAACCACUAUGAUCAAUGAAUUGAAAUUUCUUAGGGGAAA